AGCGCUGCGAGCGCAGUGUUGACACACAAUGAUCACUCCACUUCACCGCACAACCCUCCGCUUCCUGCACCUGCAACUGGCCACCAACCCACGGGGGCAGCUCUAGGGGAGCGACAUGUACCAUCGUGGAUAUGCACCAUGCUGGCUUAUUUGACUUUAACAGCUUGACUAAGGCUUAAAAAGCUUGUGUAUCAGUCAAAGCUUGAAGCCGCAGUAGGAGAAGAAAUGGGGAACACGGCUACCAAGUUCCGCAAGGCUCUCGUCAACGGGGACGAGCCGCUCGCCUGCCAACUCUACGACAGCAACCUGCAGUUCAAGGAGGCUCUGGAUCCCAACUCCACAUAUGGAGAGUCCUACCAGCACAACACUCCACUGCACUAUGCUGCCCGGCAUGGCAUGAUAAGCCUACUCAGGGCUUUUCUUCUCAAGAAAGAUGGCAAUCCUAACAAGAGGAAUGUGCACAAUGAGACAUCUCUGCAUCUUCUCUGCAUGGGAACCCGGAUCCUGAUAUCUGAAGGGGCACUGCAACCGCGGCUCUCACGGCCAUAUGAAGACGAACACCGCCGAGGAGAAUGCCUAAAACUCGUCCUGUCGUGGACAGGUGCAAAGUUAGACCGUGGAGAGUUCGAGAGGGCUGAUAUCAAUGCCACCGACAACAAAAAAAACACCUGCCUACAUUAUGCUGCUGCCUCAGGCAUGAAGACCUGUGUUGAGUUAUUGCUGCAGAGAGAAGCGGACCUGUUUGCGGAGAACGAAAACCGCGAGACUCCAUGUGACUGUGCAGAAAAGCAGCACCACAAGGAGUUGGCCCUACGCCUGGAGUCGCAGAUGGUCUUCUCUCUGGCCCCUGAGGCGGAGGAUAUAGAAGCUGAGUAUGCAGCUCUUGACCGAAGAGAGCUGCAUGAAGGCCUGCGACCUCAGGAUCUGCGCAAACUGAAGGACAUGUUGAUAGUGGAGACAGCUGACAUGCUGCAGGCCCCACUCUUCACCGCAGAAGCACUGCUGCGUGCCCAUGAUUGGGACAGAGAGAAGCUCUUAGAGGCCUGGAUGAGCAACGCGGAGGAAUGCUGCCAACGCUCAGGCGUACAAAUGCACAACCCACCUCCAAGUGGCUACAACGCGUGGGACACCUUGCCCUCUCCCCGGACGCCGCGCACCACCCACUCCUCCAUCACCUGCCCUGACCAAAUCAGUCUCAUGCCUGCAGAUGAGAAGUCUUCCCUAUGUGGCAUAUGCAUGUCCUCCAUCUCGAUGUUUGAGGAUCCUGUUGAAAUGUCCUGUGGCCAUGAAUUCUGUAGAGCAUGCUGGGAAGGAUUUUUGAACCUCAAGAUUCAAGAGGGCGAAGCCCACAACAUUUUCUGCCCAGCCUACGAUUGUUACCAGCUAGUGCCAGUGGAAGUCAUAGAAAGUGUGGUUUCUAGAGAGAUGGACAGACGCUACCUCCAGUUUGACAUCAAGGCGUUUGUGGAAAACAAUCCAGUAAUACGCUGGUGUCCUCAGGCAGGAUGUGAAAGAGCAGUAAGACUAAACACCAAGGCCCCUGGGACCUCGACCUCAGAUGCUCUGAGCUUUCCACUGCUCCGGGCACCUGCUGUGGAUUGUGGCAAGGGCCAUCUUUUCUGCUGGGAGUGUCAAGGUGAAGCCCAUGAACCGUGUGACUGCGAGACCUGGAAGUUCUGGCAGCAGAAAGUUGCUCAGAUGAAACCUGUGGAAUUGGCUGGUGUGAGCGAAGCUUACGAGGAUGCAGCCAAUUGCCUGUGGCUGCUCAGCAACUCUAAACCCUGCGCCAACUGCAAGUCUCCAAUUCAGAAAAACGAGGGCUGCAAUCAUAUGCAGUGCGCUAAGUGCAAGUAUGACUUCUGCUGGAUCUGCCUGGAGGAGUGGAAAAAGCACAGCUCAUCAACAGGGGGCUACUACCGCUGCACCCGCUACGAAGUCAUCCAGCAGGUGGAGGAACAGUCAAAGGAGAUGACAGACGAGGCAGAGAAAAAGCACAAGAACUUUCAGGAACUCGACCGUUUCAUGCACUACUACACACGCUUCAGGAACCAUGAGCACAGCUAUCGGCUUGAGCAGCACCUGUUGAAAACAGCCAAAGAGAAGAUGGAGCAACUCAGUCGAGCCCUGAGAGGAAGGGACGGAGGCCCACCUGACACUACAUUCAUUGAAGAUGCAGUCCUAGAACUGCUUAAGACUCGCCGCAUCCUCAAGGGCUCCUACCCUUAUGGAUUCUUUUUGGAGCCUAAGAGCACAAAGAAGGAGAUCUAUGAACUUAUGCAGACGGACCUGGAGAUGGUGACGGAGGACUUGGCACAGAAGGUUAAUAGGCCGUACCUGCGAACGCCACGUCACAGGAUCAUCCGUGCAGCGUGCCUGGUGCAGCAGAAGAGGCAUGAGUUCCUGACUUCAGUAGCAAGGGGAGUGGCUCCCAACGACUCUCCUGAGGCCCCGAGACGCAGUUUCACUGGUGGAUCAUGGGAUUGGGAAUAUUUAGGCUUUGCAUCCCCUGAGGAGUACGCAGAGUUUCAAUAUAAACGAAGACAUCGGCAGCGGAGGCGAGGCGAUAUGUCCAGCGUUCACAGCGACACAGCUGACCCCGAUGACCUCAGCGACAGCACUUUAGACACACAGGAUGUUGGAGGUGGCCAUCGGCAAGGUCUUCUGAUGGGUCUUGGUUCCUUGGAGGAAGAUGACCCUAACAUUUUAUUGGCCAUCCAGUUGUCACUCCAGGACUCAAGGAUGGCAGGAAGUGCGUCCAAUCAGGAGCUUCUCGCCAAUGAAGCCUCUCUUGGUGCAAUUGGUACCUCCUUGCCUUCCCGGCUUCAGCAGAGCACUCCAGGUGUUGAAGUUCUCCCCAGGGCUUGUCUAAGCAGCUCAGAACUGCUCGAGUUGGAAGAUAACUUGGCGAGAUUAGGCAACAUCAGCUGCCAGUACUCUGCUGCUCCUGGUGGUUCCGUCUCCGUGCAACACUGUGACAGUCACCCCUGGGGUAACAGGGCUUCUGUGGCUCCAGGUAACAGCAAUUCUUCAACAGGUCUCUUCUCCUCUUCCUCCGACACCACGGACUCAACCACAUGCUGCAAACACGAUCCAUCUUCAUCCUCUGCAUUAGCAUCAAAUGCUAACCUACUUGGCAAUAUCAUGGCUUGGUUCCAGGACAUGAAUCCUCAAGGUAUCACCCUGGUCCCCCCGACCUCCUCUGACACCGACACGCAUGCCGGUCCACUCAUCGCACCCAGAAGAGCAUCCUUGCAAGAUGAGGAGAAAAGCAGGUUUGUCGACCUCUCUGAAAACAGCAAGCCGGACGAGGUGAGGGCCGACGUGGGUUUGAGCUCUCAGAGCAAGAGCGACAUGGAAGAGAAGAGGAGUGCUGUCAUGGAGAGGCCGACUCAGUUAGAUCUGGUAGGGCCGAGCACGACGCCACCGCCUUACACGGCAGCCCUAGACACAAGUGAAGAAUCUGCAGAGUGUACAAGUUCAAAGGCCUGCUACGUAGACAGUCCGCAACGUGUCACUGUGUCCAACCAGGUGCCCAGCAGCAGCUCCUCCGAGUGGGAGGAGCAAGUGCACCUGGUAUGACCUGCUCGGCUGAGGUUAGAGGAGGCUUGUCUGGAAAUCCAAAAAUCACUGUACAUUGCAAAACUGAGUUGAAAGUACACGUAGAAGUUAUUCAAGUCGAAUAUAGCCGGAAUGAAAAUAGCAUUAUCCACGUCUGGCUGGUGUGUUUGGGGAAGAAGUAUGGAGACUCAUUAAUUCCAGUGCCGGCACUGAAAGCCAGCAAACCGAUCAGUACUUCUGGAGUCGUGAGUAGCCCCUGCAACCAGCCCUUCUGCUAUGAAAACACUCAUGAAAGAGAUCACAUUUACACAGUAUUUUCAAUGAGGAAUGCCCCUUAAGGGAGCCUACACUAAAAAGAAUAAUUCUAAUAACAAGUAGCCUUUUUUUGUAAUCAGUUUCAGAGGCGAUAUGCUGUAUAGAUUAUAAAGUCUAGCAACUAUUUUUGAUGUUCCCCUCCCACUGAAGUAAGGCAAACUGUGUGAUUCUGGAUCGGCAUUGGGGCAGCUGUGCAUAGUGAGCAAAUUAUUUUGCAUAACAUAUUCAAUCUAUAGGAAAAAGGCUGAGAGAUACUUCUCACUCUUUCCUUAUCUGCCUACUUAAAGGUGCCAGACACUGACCAGUAAAAGCGCUGUUGCAGUUUGCGAGUGUCAGCUGCAAAAGUAAAAGUAAAUUGUGCCUGUUUAUCAAGAUCUCAACCACUCAGCUAUACUUAAAAUGUGAACAGUAUUGAGCCAUAUUUUUUAUUUGAGAUUGAAGUUGAGGGUUAUUUUCAAAUCUCACAAAAAGUUAUAAUGUGCUGCAUUUAAUGGUUUAGAUUGAAGCCACAAUGGUUAUAUGCUUAAGCAAGUGGAGAAAGAAGGAAAUAAAAUCCACAUUUAGAAAAAAGAUUAUGAAUUUUUCAACUGAGAGGUAGGUGGCUUGCCCAGAAACAUUUCAAAAUGGAUUUGACAGUGGUUAUUCAUCUCAAAACCUCAGUUUGAAUGGGAAAUGUCCUCAGAGCUUCAAAAGAGAGAGAGAAAAAAAAUGCUGACAGGCCCAGAGAGGCUGCAGAGUGUAAUUUAGUGAACACCUUUGUUGCAGCAUCGUCUGAAUUCCACUGAAGUUUGUCUUAAAGUUGUGUUAGCGCUUGAAUGUCAAGUGCGGCGGGCGAGAGUCUUGUUAAGCCACUCCAGGGCCAGCCAGUCAAAAGAUAACCAGGCCAUCACUACCAGGGUUGAAUUAAUUAAAGUAGUGCAUUUGAAAAUUUAAGUGAAUUAAUUAAAUUAAUCAAGCUCAAUUUAUUGUCAUUAACUUUGGGUCCUGUUAAGGCAAAAAAA